AUGUAUACAACACCUUCAAUUGAUCCAAAUUAUCGUCUCCCAAUACAACAACAAAUUAAAAAUAAUUAUUUGAAAGGAGAUCAAGGUAUACCGGGCUCAGAUGGAAGACCUGGAGCACCUGGAGAAAAAGGAGACAUGGGGUAUACUGGACCUAGAGGAAUGAAAGGAGCACCUGGAGAAAAAGGAGAUAUGGGUUAUACUGGACCUAGAGGGUCAAAAGGAGCUUCAGGGCAGAAUACUGCGCCCGGAUUUAAAGGAGAAAAAGGCGAUAAUGGAAUACCUGGAAGGCCUGGACAAGUUGGAUUACCAGGGCUAAAUGGGAAAAAUGGUUUGGAUGGACUACCAGGACCUCAGGGUCCGGCUGGACCUAAAGGCGAUAAAGGAAGCCCAGGUAUUAAUGGUAAAAAUGGAUUACCUGGACCAAAAGGAGAACCUGGACUUUUGGAUGAAAAUUUUAAAAUCUUCUCUACUUUGGCACCCUUAAAUAAAAGAGAAUUGAUAAUCAUGAGAAAAGUCGAUUAA